AUGUCUACUGAUUCAAUAACUACUGUUCUUAUUAUUGGUGGUGGAAUGGGAGGUUUAGCUUUAGCUCAAUUAUUAUUACAAAGUUCAUCUUCAGUUAAAGUAUUAGUAUUUGAACGUGAUGAAACUGAAAAAUCCCGUGAUCAAGGUUAUUGUAUUGGUAUUGAUUCAACAGGACUUGAUACAUUAGACAAAAUUCGAGUACUUGAUCAACUUUUAUCUGAUGAAUCCAAUGGAUAUUCUAGUAUAACAGGCUUUCGAAUGUGUAAUAGAUAUCUUCAAACCUUAUUUGAAUUCAAAGCACCUAAUCCUGAUCGUUUUAAAUUAAUUUAUCGAGAAGAUCUUCGAAAUGCUCUAUUAACAAAUAUUGAUGUUCAAUGGAAUAAACGCUUUACUUCAUAUAAAAUAUUAGAUGAUGGAAUUGAAGCUUAUUUUGAUGAUGGUACAUCUGUAUCUGGAACAAUUCUUAUUGGUUGUGAUGGAGCUAGAUCAUUAGUUCGUGCUCAACUUAUACCAGAUUUUCAACGAAAUGAUCUUCGUAUUAUUAAUAGUGCUGGUACUAUUGAACCAUAUGAUGAUAUGAAAAAAAUUCAUCAAAUAUCAAAAGAUAGUGGAGUACGAAUAUUUGGUAAACAAGGGCAUUCAAUGCUUGUAUUACCUUUUCGACAAUCAUGGAUAUGGGGUCUUUCAUGGCCAGAACAAGGAGAUCAUGAAGAAACAAAUGUUUCAACUGCUCAGUUAGUUGAUAAAAUUCGUCAACAUUUUAAUAACGAUGAACUUGUUCGUUUAGCCGAACGUACUUCACCAUCAUCAUACCUUGCUCCUUUUCGAAUGUAUUCAGCAUUAUGUUUAAAACAAAAUCCAUUUCCAAAUAAUCCUCAUGUUACAUUACUUGGUGAUGCUGCUCAUCCAAUGACUACACAGGCUGGAAAAGGUGCUAAUACAGCAUUUGCUGAUGCAUUAGAUCUUGCUGACGCACUGUUAAAUCCUUCAUCAUCAUCACUUUCAGAUUAUGAACAAAAAAUGUUUAAACGGGGGUUUGAAGCUGUUAAAGCGUCACUUGGUAUGACAAACAUGAUUCAUUUAACUGGUUGGAAAGGUUUAUUACGUGAUUGUAUAUUAUCGAUUAUUAGUUAUAUGAUGCCAUUGAUCAAUGUAAUUUCGAUGCCGUUGCGUUUAUUUAAAAAAAAACAUGAUUAA